CGCAGCUGUAAGCGCUUUGCUUUUGUUCCUCCUGCAGCAGCGUCUAAGACGGGGGGCGUUCGCUUCGCUGAGGAACCCGCUGCGGCUGCCACCGCUCACUCUCAUGUGCAUUUUGACGAGAAACUGCACGACUCCGUCGUCAUGGUGAUACCCGAAUCAAACGGGAACUUCCUGGUUAAGGUGGGCUUCCUGAAAACACAGCACCGAUAUGAGAUCGUGUUCACACUGCCGGAGAUGCCAGAGCUCGGGAAAGACGUGUGUCCAGCCCCCAUCCCCAAUCCUCACCUCCGUAUCACUAACAUAACGCCGUCCUCAGACGGUACGUCCCAUCGCUCGAGGUUCUGACCCAAAACAGCUGAACCUGUUGAUGAAGACUUGUG